GGGCUAUGGAGAGGCGGAUUUUCAGGCCUGGUCAUCAGACAGCGAUGACGAGGUGAUGGGUCAGUAUCAGGAGGCCAUGACGCGCUCGCGGGGUCUCCGAGGCCGGUGCACAGGGGCUGCUGGAUCCCCUCAUCAUAAAGGCUUCAGCUGGGAGACGCAGCACAAAUACUGCCCCCUGUCGGCCGAGUACGACGGAUACAGCAGUGAGGCUUCUGCUGAGGACGUGAACUGUAUUCAGAGGAUGAGGUUGACUCCGCCCCUUGAUGAGCUCCAGCCACCGCCCUACCAGGAUGAAGACGGCUCGACCUCUGACCUCGCCGACACCAAGAGCGAAGCGCACGACCCCGAGAGCUUCAGCAACGCCAAGGGCCUGGAGGAGGACGUCCCGAGUGACAGCACAGCCGUGGUCAGCCCCGAGCUUUACUCUCCCGACUCGCCCUUCUCUCCGUUCGGGACGCUGCACAUCCUCUUCGACUACGAUUUGCACCAGCGCUGCCUCUCCGUCACUGUAACCGCGGUGACCGACCUCCCAUCACCGCGACGAUCGCCCGGGAUCACCUGGCAACUCCACCUAGUGCUCCUUCCCGCCAAAAAGCAGCGCGCCAAGAUGGCCGUGGCCAGGGGGCGGAGCCUCAGCAAGACCUUCCGCUUCAGCCACGUCCAGUCGGAGAGCAUCGGGAACUAUGGCGUGCGGUUUCGUCUCUACAGCAUCAGCAAGAUCAAGAAGGAGAAGAAGAUGCUGGGAGAGAAAUUGUUCUACCUCACCAAACUCAACCUGCAGGGCAAAAUGGCCAUCCCCCUGCCUCUGGAACCCUGCUGCAGCACCACAGCCAGCGAGACUCAGUCGAGUGUGUCUGCCGCAUCGUGCAGUGAAACAGCGUCUACGUUCCAGUCCGCAGGUCAAAGGUCAUCGCCUGAGAUUCUGCUAGGGCUUGUUUACAACGCCACCACGGGCCGCCUCUCUGUCGAGGUCAUCAAGGGGUGUCACUUCAAAAACGUGGCCACCAACAAACCGCCCAACACGUACGUAAAGCUGACCCUGCUGAACUCCAUGGGUCAGGAGAUGUCCAAGUGUAAGACGUCGCUGUGCCGCGGCCAGCCGAACCCCACCUACAGGGAGACGUUCGUGUUCCAGGUGGCGCUGUUCCAGCUGUCGGACGUCACGCUCAUCCUCUCCGUCUACAACAAACGCAGCAUCAAGCGCAAGGAGAUGAUCGGCUGGAUCUCUCUGGGCCUGAACAGCUCCGGCGAGGACGAGCUCACGCACUGGACGCAGAUGAAGGAGUCGAAAGGGCAGCAGGUGUGUCGGUGGCACAGUCUGCUCGAGUCUUAGGGGGCAUCACCACGAAGUGACAAAAUCAAGGAGGAGAGAAAAAGAGCAAGGAAGAAAGAAGUGGAGAAAAGAAAACUAGCAGAGCAAGGCAUUAUGGGAAAUAUCUCGGCGUCCAAUAGAGAGCAGGUGUGACGUCGGCCUCUCCUCUUUACCGCAAGAUUUAUCGCAGGGAUGUGAGGAUGACGAGGAGGAGGGAGGAGGAGCAAGUGAAACAAAAUCUGGAGCCACGAUGAUAAUGAGGGAACUUUGGACACCUGAGCUCACCAGAGCAGUGCAUUCUGGGAAAUAUCUGUGUGUCAGUAUGAAAUAUGAGAAUGGAGCGAUGAAAGAUGAAAUACGUCAAGUGGGAUAAAAAUCUCAAGUCCUAGCGCCUUGAUGAUGAUGAGGACGAGGAAGAAGGAAAUCACCAGAGCAGUGCAUCAUGGGAAACGGUCAAGGGUCUGAAGCCAUUCUGUUGCCUUGAACGUUUUAGGAAUUCAGUCGGAUUUGAGCAAAACCACUCUUAACCCGCAGUGCAUUAUGGGGACAAAAAACAACUAACCUUUAAUGGAGGAGAUGGAUUUCUGUUGUUGUUUAUUUAUUUAUUGUUAUUAUUUAUUAUUCAGAGAACG